UCUGAGGUGAUUAUUUGUAAAAAAAAAUAUGCAGCCAAGAUGAGAACGUGGAUCCUCUUUCUGUUCCUGGGCCAUGGAAGGAUGCAAACACCCUCCACUGCUGAUGUGACCCUGGGACCCUCCUCUGCACCUGUGGCCCCCACUGAAGAUGAGAGUACACAGCUGGUGGAUUGGUUGAUGAAGUAUGGCUACCUCCCGCCCCCUGACCCCUCCACUGGUCAGCUACAGGCAUGGACAGCCGUCACUAAUGCUGUCAGAGCCAUGCAGAGGUUUGCAGGCCUCAAGGACACUGGACUUGUAGACGAGGACACGAUGAUGUUGAUGAACAGUCCACGAUGCUCACUUCCAGACGAGGAUGAGCUGUCAAAGUCAGCAGUCAGCCGUGAGGGGAGGGACAUGAGGAGAAGGAGGAGGAGAGCUGUCUCAAUGUGGAACCGCAGGAACAUAAACUGGAGGUUGCAUUCGUACCCGUCUUCCUCUCAGCUGUCCCGGGAAACAAUUCGCUCUCUGGUUUUUUACGCUUUAAGAGUGUGGGCUGAGCCAACUCCGCUGGAGUUUCAUGAGGUGGGGAAUCCAGAGACAGCAGACCUACAGGUAGACUUCCUGCAUGGUUACCAUGGUGAUGGCUAUCCCUUUGAUGGGGCAGGUGGCGCAGUGGGCCAUGCUUUCUUCCCAUCUGACCCCGCACGGGCAGGAGGAGUUCACCUGGAUGCAGAGGAGGCGUGGGCUUUCAGACAGCCAGCCUCUGAGGGCACUGACCUGUUCACCGUGCUGGUUCAUGAGUUUGGACAUGCACUCGGACUAGCUCACUCCUCGUCCCGGCACUCAGUGAUGAGGCCGUACUAUCAGGGACCUGCAGGAGAUCCUCUACACUUCCGCCUGGGACCCCAAGACCUGGAGCACAUCACCCAGCUCUACGGUAAGAGGAACCAGCUGCUGGCCACAGAUGCUCCCCGCCUCGCUCCAGACCUUCAGCUGCGUCACAGAGGACACGACCAUCGUCAUCACAGCCACAGCUCCGACAUCAACCGCUGUAACACCAGUUUUGAUGCGGUGGCGAGGAUCAGAGGAGAGACUUUCUUCUUUAAAGGUCUGACGAUGUGGAGGGUUAACGGCGGGGGCUUGGUGUCGGGUCGGGGGGCUUCAGUCAGGCGACUGUGGAGGGGUCUUCCUCCUGACCUGCCUCGUCUGCACGCUGUGCUGGAGAGACAGUCUGAUCAUGCCAUCAUCUUCAUCAGUGGUUCACAGUUCUGGCUAUUCAGGGAUCUGUCCCUGCAGGAGGGCUACCCUCAGCCUCUGUCUGCCCUCAGGAUGGGCCUGAGCUUAGCUUCAACUGUUGAUGAAAACGAUGAAGAGGAGGCGGCAGAAAGAUGGGGUCUGGUCUGGGACCCACAGGACGGUCCUCUGUGGGGGGACAUGGGAGACGCGGAGGACAAGAAGCAGGGAGACACCUGGACUCAGCUGCUGAGGGAGGGAGUCAGCGGUAUCACCACAGAGAGCGACGGCUCCGUCUAUCUCUUCAAAGGAGACCUCUACUGGAGGUUUUCCUUCCCCGGCUCCCCGCUGCAGGACGGUUACCCAAAAUCCUCUGGGGCAGACUGGCUGGACUGUCCUGACUCCUCCUCUUUCUCCUCCUCCUCCUCCUCCUCCUCACCUGGGGGGAACGACCUUUCCUUGUCUCUGUCUCCUCCUGCAGGGCGACAAGAGCUUCAGGAGAGCUGGAGGGAGGAGUCGGAGAGAGAGGAAGCAGGAGGAAGAAGGAGGAACAGGCAUGAAAACAAACACAAAGACACAGAGGAUAUAGGUGCACACAUCUGGACACAUUGCACCUGCCAAAACAAAGCACCUGGUGGCGGGACAACAUUUUUAAAUGCUUUCGUUCUCCUGAUCAUGUCAACACUGUUUGCCCUUUAAAGCUGCAUACAGACAACUUCAGUCCUCAGUCUUCUUCAGGCGUAAAAGCAACGCUAAAUUUUGUGCAGCAAAACUGCACAAAAAUGAUGUAAAGAUGCAUUUUAUAGGGCUGAAAAAUCACAGUAUUUACAUCAUUUUAAUAUUUAUAUAAGUUGAUUUUUUCUAUUUGUGUAGAACCCUGAACCCCAUUAAAAAGAGAAAAGUUGUUUGAUGUCAUUGUGAAGACAGACUGCAUGAAGCAGUCAAUUUUACUGUCUUAAAGUCAGAAUUAGAAUGCCUUUAUUCCUUCACCGUAUCAACCUGGUUAUUUUGAGUUCAUGAGCUCUGUGGUAAGCCACGUUUCAACCGAUGUCCUUGUCAGAUACAGUGAAACUGAGACUCAGAGAUGACUAGACAGAUGCUCCUCAGAUGAAAAAGAACAGUGGCUGUUGGUUUCCGUCGGAGAAAACUUGGUACUGAUCCCGGCUAACAAGAGUGAGGGAAAAAAUGUACACAGCAUGGUAUUUUUUGUGGGGGGAUAUUGUAUGUCGCAAAAAAUCUUUGUAACUCUAGAAAUAAAACUCAAUUGCUUUUUCAGUCCA